AAUAUACUAAUUCAAGUCUAGUUGCUUAUGUCAAUAACGUAUUUAUGUUGCUAUUGUUUGUUGUGAACACGAUUUUGUUGUACUAAAUUUGUAACGGAUAUUUUUGCAGAUGGCGUCUCGAGACUCGUUCGAAAAAGAACAAAAACGACUCCAAGACCUAUUUGAUGCAGCUUCUACCCCUGAAUCGAGUCAAGACCCAUUUGCUGAUGAUGGUGACUAUGGAUCUGAUGAUGAGUACUUACCAUCCCGUGUUGAAUCCACGAGUUCAGAGGACGAAACUCAAGCCUCAAAAUCAAGACGCAUACGACAGGUUACAGCUACUACAUCAUCUGGUGAGUCAAUAUCCUCUUUGUCUAGUGAUGCAGAUGAUGAUGCUGACAAAUCAUCAUAUAAUAUUGACUCGACCCUCGACGGAAAUGGUGAAAAUAUUGAAGUCACACGAAAUACUGAUUGCCCUGUAGACCUAAUACAAGAACCUGUCCCAGUGAUAACUGAUCUGCCUUUGAAUGACGAAGAAUACCCUAACCUGUCACCACUAGACCCCUCUGAUCAGCUAAACUCUGUCAGUGUUGGUCCUAGAAGAUCAAACAAUCAGAGAGGAAUUAUGGUCUCAGACGAUAACUGAUAUACCCGAUUUUCAUUUUGAUAACCUUCAAUGUGGUAUACCCGUGAAUGUUGAUAGCAUGAACCAAGUAAUUGACUUUUUCCAUCUUGCAUUCCCACAAAGUGCCAUCGAAUAUCUGGUAAACUGUACUAAUAAUUAUGGAAACGCUCUAUGCAACACGAAUAGGCCUCAUACCAGAUAUAGCCGCAAAAUAGUAUAUCGUGAGACCACCUGUGAAGAAAUGAUGAAAUUUCUUGGGAUUACGCUUCUCAAAGGUCACAUUAAAUGUCCUAAACAAAGAAGUAUCUUCAUUAUCGGAUGUACUGUAUUAUCAUCCCAUAUUUAGCUUUAUAAUGUCAGGACGACGAUAUGAGCAAAUUUUACGCUGCAUCUGUGCAUCGGAAUUAGAUGCAAAAGGAGAAAAUAAGAUUGCAAAGUUCAUUGAUAUGUUGACACUAAACUUUCGUAAAAUUUACAAUGCUGGUGAAGAGCUGUCGCUGGAUGAGUCGCUUCUUCUGUUUCGAGGUCGAUUGAGUUUUCCAGUACAUCAAGUCGAAAAAAGCUCGCUACGGCAUCAAAUUCUAUGAGCUCACUACUGACGAUGGUUAUGUGCUAAAUGUAAAGAUGUAUUCGGGAAAGGAAGCGACAACAUCAAAUACAGGCGAAUCUGAAUCUAAGACAGAAAAACUUGUCAUGAGGUUAAUGCUUCCAUACUUGCUACGUGGACAUCAUCUUUUCAUGGACAAUUUCUAUAAUUCUGUGAAAUUAUCACAGAAAUUGCUUGACUUGAAAACUCAUUCUACCGGUACCUUGCGUUCAAAUCGUGAAGAAAAUCCUAAGAAUAUUGCAAAUAAAAAGGUGAAGAAAGGUGAGCACGUGUGGGCACGCAAGGGCAAGGUGUAUGUUUCAAAGUGGAAGGACAAACGUCCAGUCUUGAUGAUUACCACUAAGGUACAUCCCUCUCUUGUGGAAGUGAGAAACAGAUAUCGCAAGACCAAAUUGAAACCUGCAGAAGUUGAUCUUUAUAACCGACAUAUGUCCGGUGUAGAUAGGUCCGAUCAAAUGGUAUCCUACUACUCAUGCCCUCGGACAACGAUAAGGUGGUAUAAAAAGGUGCUGUUUCACUUCUUGGAUAUUGCAGUUUGGAAUGCAUACUUCUUAUUCAAAAAAUAUAAGAAAAACAAUGCCAACUCAUAUAAUUACGUAAACUACCGAGAAGAAUUGAUUAAGGUAAUGAUUGGGAUCAGUAAUCUGAAAAUAAAAGGAAGAGACAUAAUCAAUAAAAACACUAUUCAUGAUAACAGGCGUUUCCGACCCAGUACUUCAUCUGCUCCUCAACCGGAAAAUAGUUCUGUAACUGAAAAUUUAAUGAGUGGCCACUGGCCAGAGCAAGUACCAUCUCGACCUGGAACAACGAAAAAGUUUGCCUUCCUAAAGUGCAAAGUUUGUAAUAAAAACAAAAUUCGUAAAGAAACGAGCUAUCGCUGUAAAGGGUGUCCAGAUAAACCUCCAUUAUGCCCAUCUUGCUUCGAAAGGACAUUGCCACCCGUUGGGCCCCUUAUUUGUGAUAGAGUGUCAAGAAUAUUUUAUUAUUAAAAAUCAAGUCCUAAUUUUAUAAAACUAACUAUUUUUUUUCAGAAUUUCUUGUACCCUAGCAUUGAAAAACAUAAUUAAUAUUUAUUUUAUUGAAUCUAAGCUAGUUCCGCCAUUAAAACUUAACGUGAAUGUUGCCAGGUAGACGACAGACUAUCUCAUUUAAAUGAACGAGGUGAUCGAUUGAAAAUAUCGAUAUAAUAUAUAGCAUUUUUCUCUUAUAUCAAAAUGUACAAGUAUAUAUAUUAAGUAUGCACUCGUAAAUAGUAAACAAGAAAAGAAGAAAGAAAAACUGUUUAUAACUGUUGCACAAACAAUAAAAUAUCAACACUAACAAAAGUCACCACUGAACUAUAUCUAUAAAACGGUUACACCUAACACCAUACAUGGAAUACAACAAUAACACAAUAAUUAGUAAAUGAUAUUAUUUAUAACAAAUCGAUUUAGAAAAUCGAUUAACAAAAUAUUUAACAUGGUAACAUCUACUCGGAACGCGAGUCUAUCUGUCAAAUCAAUACGUCAUUCAAAUUGUUUUCGUGCCGGUUGUUAUGCGUAGAGUUGAAUUUAUUCCUCCGUAUUUGCUUCUGAUAGUUACAAUUUGCGUAAAAACUGUCGAGCUAAUCGUUUUCGUGCCUCCAGUGGUUUUUUUUAGAUAUUGGACUCUUUUCUUAAUGAUAAGUGAGCACAUUGACUCGUGAGCAUUGGACUCUUGUUUUUAGUGAUAUUGUUGUUUUACUCCGGAAAAAUAUCUGCACCUGGUAGAAGUCGAGUAAACUACUCUUUGUCUCGCCAGUGUGUUAAUUUCUCUUUACGUAUAGGGCCUAAUCUUCGUAGACGUUAAAUUGAAGAAAUAGAUGAACCAAUGCUUAUCCUUCUAAACACCUACAUUGGUAAGUUUGUUUUAUUAUGUUUGUGGAUUUCACACGUCUCUAAACUACCUUACAUUUUAUUUUGUCAUUUUUUCCAGAUAUCUUCUGAUGAUAUCCUGUGUGUGAAAUGUUUUGUAUUAUUACAAAACCAGACAGCAUCUAACUCAAAUCUGUCACUUGUAUCCCCUGCUCGUGGACACCUAAACAUAUGCUACGCAUGUGGCUUGUCAACAGCAAGUCGCAAAACUCAUAGAGUCAGUCAAGAUAGUUCCUCAAAGGAAUGUUAUACUAAGAUGGACACCAGUACAUCACGUGUUGCAUUUGGAACGAGUUUGUGUUCCUUGUUGGGCGGCUGCAUCAAGACAAGUCCGGAGGCAACCCGUUGCUGGCAGUAGCCAACACACUGUGGAGUCUGCACCGGAGACUGGUAUCAUGGAUGGAAACAUAAUUACAGAUAUGAUGAUUCCUGUACCACCACCACUGCCACCGCUUUAAUGAUAUAAGCGCUCCAGCACAAUUUCUAGACAACAUAUUCCUUGAAGAAUAAAUGUCUAUUAUUUUAA